UUAGGGCCCGGCUCCCCCCGGCGCUCUGGCCUUUCCCCGGCUCGCCCCGUGGCCCCCGUGCAACGCGGACACGCUGCUCCGUGUCCCAGCCGCCCGGGCCCCCCUGCAUCCGGCCCUGGUGGCCCCGGCGCUGGGAAGGGCUGGGCUGGGGCCGGACCGGGUGCUCAGACCCCCUGGACACCCCCGCACAUCUUCCUGCUGCCCUUGUGGGGCACCGGAGCAAGAUUUGGGUACUCGGGAGCUUCCAAAAUGCCCUUUUUCUCGUGGCUCAUUCUUCCCUUUACUGCAAGAUGGCCGGGUCGGUGGGCAAAGGUCUUUGGGGACCAUCUGUCCUGGCUGUGCUGGUGCGGCUGGUGAUGGGACAGGCAUCUCGAGUGGAAUCCGGAGCAUCCCGCCUCCCUCUUCCCGGAUCAAUACCUGCACGGGCCUCCAUCUCCACGCGGAGAGCAGAGACGCGCCGGGCUCCAGGCUGCUGUGGCAAGAUGUCGGUGACGUUUGAGGAUGUGGCGCUCUCCUUCUCCCCCGAGGAGUGGGCAAAGCUGUCGGGCUGUCAGCGGCAGCUCUACCGGGAGGUGAUGCUGGAGAACUACCAGAUGGUUGCCUCGCUGGGCUGGGCCAACGUUAAGCCAGAGAUCAUCUGCAAGAUGGAGCGAGAAGAGACUCCGUGUGUGCCAGAGCCCCCUCGGGAGCAGCAGAGGAACCAGAGCCCUGUGCCAGCAGCUGUUGGCCCCGGGACCCAGAGGGAGGUCAAGGGAGUCAGGAGCUUUGUCCAGAGGCAGCACCUGCUGAGUCAGCAGCACGUUCACAGUGGGGAGAAGCCCUUCACCUGCACUGACUGUGGCAACAGCUUCAGGGAGAAGAAGACCCUCAUCAACCACCAGCGCAUCCACACCGGGGAGAAGCCCUUCACCUGCACUGACUGUGGUAAGAGUUUCAGGCAGAGUCACACACUGCUUCGGCACCAGCGCGUCCACACCGGUGAGAAGCCCUUCAUCUGCACUGACUGUGGCAAGAGCUUCAGGGAGAAGAAGACCCUCAUCAACCACCAGCGCGUCCACACCGGGGAGAAGCCCUUCACCUGCAAUGACUGUGGCAAGAGCUUCAGUGAGAAGAAUACCCUCAUCAACCACCAGCGCAUCCACACCGGGGAGAAGCCCUUCAAAUGCACUGACUGUAGUAAGAGCUUCAGACGGAGGGACUUCCUUCUUAGCCACCAGCGCAUCCACACCGGUGAGAAGCCCUUCACCUGCACUGAGUGCGGCAAGAGCUUCAGCCACAAGAAGAGACUGCUGACUCACCAGCACAUCCACACUGGGGAGAAGCCCUUCGCCUGCACUGACUGUGGUAAGAGCUUCAGUGAGAACAACAAACUCAUCGUCCACCAACGCAUCCACACUGGGGAGAAGCCCUUCACCUGCACCUACUGUGGCAAGAACUUCCGAACAAAGAGGAGCCUCAUCAACCACCAGCGCACCCAGACCGGGGAGGAGCCCUACAAGUGCUGGGAGUGCGGCAAGACCUUCAAGCAGAAGUGUCACCUGAAGAGACACCAGUGUGUGUAGAAGGGCCCAGGGAUUGUGCUGGAGGGUGUCCAGCAGAAGAGGGAGGGUCCUUCCCCAGCAAGGGGGCAGGCAGAGGCCAAGCCCUUCCAGUGCGGUGUCUGCGAGAAGCGGUUUUGGAAGGAGAGGCUCAUGCUGGCUCACCAGCGCACCCACGGCACCCCCAGCCUGCAGCCGCCUCCACAGCCUGGCACCCCCUGAAUCUGCUGCUGAGGAGCCAAUGGGGUGCUGGGGGCUGCUGUGGGGUGGCUGUGUGGGGGUGUCCUGGUUUUGUUUUGGUCAGAGUUAAUAUUCUUCCAAGUAGCUGGUUUAGUGCUGUGUUUUGGAACUAGAAUGAGAAUAAUGUACAUCUAAUAUACAGAUGUUUUGUUUGAUACUGGGCAGUUGAGGACUUUUUGACUGAAUUAAUGAAUCACUUAGAAGUACAAGACACUGUGAUUUUUAGUAUACUGUCUACUUUGCAUUAGUUAGUAGCUAAAUUUUCUGAGAUCUCUGUGUGUUGUUAAGUUCUGCUCAUAUUCAACAACCUUGUCCAUGGAAGACAAUGUAGAAUUCAGGAGUGGGACCCUGGCUCCUGGUUAACAAAUAAAAAUUAUCUUUUACAGGUACUUUUUAAUAAUAAGACGUAAUUGCUGAAGUUCA